ACAUCUGCUGGCCAGAGGAGGGCAUCAAAUCACAUUAUAGGUGGUUGUGAACCACCAUGUGGUUGCUGGGAAUUGAACUCAGGACCUCUGGAAGAAGUCAGUGCUCUUAACAGCUGAGCCAUCUCUCCAGCCCCUUUUUAAUCUUUUAAAAAAUUUAUUUACCUUUAUUUUAUGUGCAUUGGUGUUUUGCCUACAUGUAUGUCUAUGUGAGAGUGUAAUAUCUUUACGUUAACUGACAGUUCUAAACUGUUAUGUGGGUGCUGAAAUUUGAACUCGAGUCCUCUGGAAGACCAAUCAGAGCCCUUCACAGCUGAGCCAUUUCUCCAGCCUCUUCGAGAAAAAUCUUAAACCAUACUGCUCUAGAAUUCAAGAGACGGCUGAGGAUAACCUAAGUACCUGGGAUCCUGCUGCCUAUAUUUCCCAAGUAACUGGUUACAAUUGGGGUGCACCUCCAUGGCCCAAGACGGAUUAGGCGCAUGCGCAGUUUUGGCUAGCUGUCCUGGUUUGGCGCCGCGGGCACUGAAGACUGUGAGAAAUCUCCCGGCGGCGCAGACUAGGCACGCCACUUCCGGUCGGGGCUCCUAACAACGGGGGAGGCCGGUAACCAGGGUGGGGGGGAUGGCGGAGCGGGCUCCAGAGCCCGGGGCGGAGGCAGAGGCGGGCGCAGGCGGGGAGGCGGUGGCAGAGGAGGGCGCGGCAGGCAGAAAGGCACGGGGCCGGCCGCGGCUCACAGAAUCGGACCGGGCCCGGAGGCGGCUCGAGUCCCGGAAGAAGUACGACGUACGGCGCGUGUACCUGGGCGAGGCGCACGGCCCCUGGGUGGACCUGAGACGCCGCAGCGGCUGGAGCGACGCCAAACUCGCCGCCUACCUCAUUUCGCUGGAGCGUGGCCAGCGAAGCGGCCGCCACGGGAAGCCUUGGGAGCAAGUCCCCAAAAAGCCAAAGCGGAAGAAAAGGCGGCGGCGCAAUGUGAACUGCCUGAAGAAUGUGGUGAUCUGGUAUGAGGACCACAAACACCGCUGCCCAUAUGAGCCGCACCUGGCUGAACUUGACCCCACCUUCGGCCUUUACACAACGGCCGUGUGGCAGUGUGAAGCUGGACACCGCUACUUCCAGGACCUGCACUCCCCGCUCAAACCCCUCAGUGAUUCAGAGCCUGACAGUGACAAAGUGGGCAACGGCCUGGUGGCUGGCAGCUCUGACUCAUCCAGCUCCAGCUCCAGCUCUGACUCGGAGGAGCCUCCUGAGGCCCAGCCAGCCCAAGCCUCCGCUGCUGCUGCUGCUGCUGCUGCUGCUGCUGCUGCUGCUGCUGCUGCUGCUGUCGUCACCCCCACCAGCCCCACAGGCAGCAGUGGGCUUAUCACUCAGGAAGGAGUUCAUAUCCCCUUUGAUGUCCACCACGUGGAGAGUCUGGCCGAACAGGGCACCCCUCUGUGCCAAAACCCUGCAGGCAGUGGGCCUGAGGCCCUAGAGACGGUAGUGUGUGUGCCGGUGCCCAUGCAAGUGGGCACUGGCCCUGGCACCCUCUUUGAGAACAUGCCCCAGGAGGCACUGGGUGAGGUGGUGGCCAGCUGCCCAGUGUCAGGCAUGGUGCCUGGCUCCCAGGUGAUCAUCAUUGCUGGUCCUGGCUAUGACAGUCUCACAGCCGAGGGCAUCCACCUCAAUGUGGCUGCUGGCAGUGGCACUCCCAGCAGCGGCCUGGGUGAGGAGGUAUCCUGUGCCAUGAUGGAGGGCGUGGCAGCCUAUACACAGACGGAGCCCGAGGCCACCCAGCACAGCACCAUGGACACCACCUCUAUAGCCAGCAUCGAGACGAAGAAAGAGAAGGAGGACCUGUAUAUGCUCAAGGAGGAGAAAGAGGACGCGGUGGCCCCACAGCUGACAGAGCUGGCAGCUGCCAUGCCUGAGAACACAGAGGCAGAAGCAGAUGUGGAUGGAGAGGAACUGGACGGCAGUGACAUGUCAGCCAUUAUCUAUGAGAUUCCUAAGGAGCCCGAGAAGAGACGGCGGAGCAAGCGGUCACGGGUGAUGGACGCUGAUGGCCUGCUGGAGAUGUUUCACUGUCCCUACGAGGGCUGCAGCCAGGUGUAUGUGGCUCUCAGCAGUUUCCAGAACCACGUCAACCUCGUGCACCGAAAGGGGAAGACCAAAGUGUGCCCCCACCCUGGCUGUGGCAAGAAGUUUUAUUUAUCCAACCACCUGCGACGUCACAUGAUCAUCCAUUCAGGCGUCCGAGAGUUCACCUGUGAGACCUGCGGCAAGUCUUUCAAGAGGAAGAACCACCUGGAGGUGCACAGGCGAACACACACCGGGGAGACACCCCUGCAGUGCGAGAUUUGUGGGUACCAGUGCCGGCAGCGCGCGUCGCUCAAUUGGCACAUGAAGAAGCACACAGCCGAGGUGCAGUACAACUUCACGUGCGAGCGUUGCGGAAAGCGCUUCGAGAAGCUGGAAAGCGUCAAGUUCCACACACUCAAAAGCCACCCGGACCACAAACCCACCUGACCUGCCCACGCCCACGGACCUCAGCCUCUAUUUAUUUGUACUCUUGGACAUUAUGUCCAGAUCUGUCAGAGCCCGAGACACCCACUGGGGCUGCCCCAACCGCAGGCCGGAAGGAGGCAUUCCCCACUCUCCCCUGGGCAGGUGCCC